CUCCUGCUCAUCCGUAGCGACGCUCUACCGGUACCUCGUGCCUCUGAAUUGUGGAUCGCCUGCAUACCCUCAGCUGUCGUGCAGCGCGGGCCCAUAUACCGGCCCCAGCUAGGUUGCGCCCUGGCCCCAAGCCGCAUUCACCACCUCUGUGCCCGUCUCCCGGCCUCGCCAGCUCCUCCACUUCCUCUGCAUGCUUGCUUGAACACGCGACAGCUCGCCAUUGCAUGAAUUGAAGCCGCUGCCCUCCGAUCGCCAGGUGCCUUGGUUCCUGGCGCGAAGAAUCUUGGCUACCGCAGCCCAGCCAGCAAGUUCCGUGUUCUCACAGCCGCAGCGCAUACGUCGACCAGCAUGGGGCGCCCAACCCUGAGCUCCAAACUCUCCCUCCCGCACCGUCUCAAGAACAACCACAAUAGCGGCAACAGCUCCCCCUCUGCACCGACAAGCGUUCCGAUCAGCCGUGGCUCGAGCCCGAAGCGCACAAUGAGUGAGAACGGAAAGCCCGGGCUGGUGCUCAGGGCAAAUGUGAUCAAGGGCAGAAAUCUGGCUGCAAAGGACAGGAGUGGCACUUCUGAUCCUUACCUCGUCCUGACCCUCGGAGACGCGAAGGAAGCCACGCCCACGAUCAACAAGACGCUGAACCCGGAAUGGAACACCACGCUCGAGUUCCCCAUCACCGGCAUACAGAGCCUGCUCCUCGAGGCCUGCUGCUGGGACAAGGACCGCUUUGGCAAGGACUAUAUGGGCGAGUUUGACGUCAUCCUCGAGGACGUCUUCCAGAAUGCGCAGCCUGUGCAGGAGCCGAAGUGGUUUACAUUGCAGUCCCGGCGCUCCGGGAGGAAGAAGUCCAUGGUCUCAGGAGAGAUCCAGAUCCAGUUCUCCCUUGCCGACACCAGCAACCCUUCUGCGACCCCUGAGGAGAUUAUCCAGAAAUUCAUGAGCUACACGACGCAAACCCCUAGCCCGGAUGAAGAGGAAGAAGAAGCUUUGCUUCGGGGGGAGAGCGCCGACAACGAGGAGCAGGAGGAAGAGGAGGAGGAGGAGAGCUCUGACGAAGCACAGGACGAGUCCAAGAAGGCCGAGAAGAGAGAGAAGCGGCGAAAGAAGCUCAGGCUAGCGAGGCUGAGGAGGAAGGCGAACAAGAUGCGCGCCUACGAGUUCUCUGACAAGACUGAGGUCGCUGGCGUGCUGUUCUUGGAGAUUACCAAGAUUACAGACCUGCCGCCAGAGCGCAAUGUCACACGAACGUCGUUCGAUAUGGACCCCUUCGUCGUCACCUCGCUCGGAAAGAAGACGUACCGCACCAAGGUCGUCAGCCACAACCUCAAUCCCGUAUUCGAAGAGAAGCUCGUUUUCCAGGUCCUCCGCCGCGAGACAAACUACUCAGUCACUUUCACAGUCGUAGACAAGGACAAGUUCUCUGGAAACGAUUAUGUGGGCACAGUCAUGUUUCCGGUUGAAAAGGCUGUCGCGGUCGCUCCCGAGGCCGACCCGAACACAGGUCUUUACAAACUCCCGGAGCCUCAGGACUCUCCGGGUAUCCCGGAAGCUAGGAGAUCCCGCUUCCGUCUUCCAAUGUCUCGAUCUUCCUCAGCGAGCAGUCUCUCUCGCCUCAGUAGGCCCGGGCUGAAGAAAGAGAACUCCGCGAGCUCCCUCUCUGGAAACGGAAACGGCUUGCUACCCCCGAUUCCUACUAGUGUCCCCCAGACUCCUGGAGUUGAUGCUAAUGGGAAUCUCACGCCUUUGCCAAUGGUCAAUGUCGAUCCUACUGCAGUGGACGACCAAGAUCUCAAGAUGUAUACCUUGCCGCUGGAGCUGAAGAACAAGGACCGCUGGGAGGCAAAGCACAAUCCUACCCUGCACAUCCGCGCGAAGUACCUGCCAUACAAGGCGCUUCGACAGCAGUUCUGGCGAGCGAUGCUUAAGCAGUACGACGCAGAUGACAGCGGUCUGAUUGACAAGGUCGAGCUUACUACCAUGUUGGACACUCUCGGCUCUACUCUCCACGAGUCAACGAUUGACAGCUUCUUCAGGCGAUAUGCUUCGGAGCACAAUGGGGAGGACUUUCUCACGUACGAUGAGACUGUAAUGUGCUUGGAGGAUCAACUGCAGCGCACUGAAGACCAAGAGACGAAGAAGGGCGUAUGGAGCCGAUUGACCGACAGCGAGUAUGUCACACCGGGUACCACGACGCCGUCGCAGACAUCCGGCUCGCAAACGCCACUCAACCUUCACCCUUCCCAAACGUCAAUUCCGCUUCUGGAGCAGGAAUACAAGGACAAGGAGGGCGAAGAAGCCGAGUUUAUCCACCCGGAUGACCUGGCAGACGACAAAGGAGAAGAGCACGUGAUUGAAAUACGGGAAUGUCCCAUCUGCCACCAGCCGCGUCUGAACAAGAAGUCAGAUGCCGAUAUUAUCACCCACGUGGCUACCUGCGCCAGUCAGGACUGGAGGCAGGUCAAUAACAUUGUUAUGGCUGGAUUCGUCACAUCCAGCCAGGCUCAGCGGAAAUGGUAUUCAAAGGUCAUUACGAAGAUCUCGUACGGCGGGUACAAGCUGGGCGCCAACUCGGCCAAUAUCCUUGUCCAGGAUCGUAUCACGGGUCAGAUCAACGAAGAGCGCAUGAGUGUUUACGUCCGACUGGGUAUCCGCUUGCUGUACAAGGGCCUGAAGGCCAGCAACAUGGAAAAGAAGCGAAUUCGGAAAUUGCUUCGUUCUCUCAGCUUCAAGCAGGGAAAGAAAUACGAUGACCCUGCUUCAGCUGCCGAAAUCGAGGGCUUCAUUGCUUUCCACCAGCUCGAUAUGUCAGAAGUUCUUCUUUCGAGGUCGGAAUUCAAGAAUUUUAACGAGUUCUUCUAUCGAGCCUUAAAGCCGGGUGCUCGCCCAUGCUCCGCGCCUGACGACCCGAGGGUCAUCGUUUCCCCUGCUGACUGUCGUACGGUGGUGUUUAACACCCUCGAUGCAGCACAGUCAGUUUGGGUCAAAGGACGCGAGUUCACGCUUCAGCGACUCUUAGGCGACGCUUAUCCCGAAGACGCUAAGCGGUAUGUUGGGGGCUCCCUCGGAGUCUUCCGCCUGGCGCCACAGGAUUACCAUCGUUUCCAUAUCCCAGUGGAUGGUGUCAUGGGCGAGCCAAAGAUGAUCGAAGGCGAGUACUAUACCGUCAACCCCAUGGCGAUCCGGUCAGCGCUGGACGUCUAUGGUGAGAAUGUCCGCGUUAUCGUCCCCAUCGACUCUGAGUGCCACGGCCGGGUCAUGGUGAUCUGUGUCGGCGCCAUGAUGGUGGGCAGCACCGUCAUCACGCGCAAGACGGGCGAAAAGGUUAGGCGGGCGGAAGAGCUGGGCUACUUCAAGUUUGGUGGCAGCACCAUCUUGCUGCUCUUUGAGCCUGGGCAGAUGAAGUACGAUGAUGAUCUGGUUGACAACUCCAGGUCCGCGUUGGAAACUCUAGUCCGCGUCGGCAUGUCCAUUGGGCACAGCCCGAGCAGGGCAUCAUAUAUGCCAGACAUGCAGAAACUAAACCCGACACAGGAGGAAAAGCAGGAUGCCAAGCGCCGCAUCGAAGGCAGUCUGGCUCCAGCCGGUACUUUGGGACCUAUGGCUGGGGCUGGCAUGUAGUUGAGAUAGAAGUGCUAGGUGAUAUAAAAAGCAUGGCGGUUGGUUUAGGUUAAGGUAUAGGUCUCGUUGGGUAUAUAACGAGUGAUGACAGCAUAUGGGAGGGAUUGCGGCUAGGGCU